UUUUCAUUUUUACUCGAAAUAUUUGCAGUCAAGAACAAAGAAUAAUGGAUACAAUAUCAUUCCAACCAAAUAUCAUUCACACGUCAAUAUGUUACAAAAACAUUUCAAGAAUAAAUAACACAUCAAAUAAUACAUAUCACAUUAUUCACAACAGAAAAGGGAGUAAAAUACGAGCAGUCGAACAAGUUUCUGCUGUUAUUUCUGACCCAGUUGCGCCCGAAUUGACAUGGCAAAUUGUCGUUGGUUCGACGGCUGGAGUUAUACCUUUUGUUGUUGCAGGGAUAGAAUUUAGUAAGCGAAUUUGCAAUGUGGCGGGAUCAACCACUUUGUGGUCAAAUAAAAUGAUGGUUGCUCAAAAAAAAUGUGUUGAGUGUGGAGGUUCAGGGCUUGUUUUGAUCGAAAAGGAGUAUAUACGUUGCCCCAAUUGUGGUGGGUUUCUGCCAUGGCAAUCCUGGAAAAGAUUCUUUUCUGGUUAAACCACAGCAUAUAUACCAUGGAUAGACUAGAUUUUAAGUUCAAGUUCAUACAUUAUGUUAAUCCGAUACAAUAUGUGACAAGGAUAUUUACUAUCAGUUGUAUAUAUAAAGUAUUUUUGAUUCA